UUGUAUCCGGAAUUUAUAUAAACAUUUGAUUUUGAAUUUGUACAAGGAUCUUUUUGUGUAUUUUGUUUCCUGCUUGUGCUAGAUCCCCACAUUGAUUUACAAAUACAAUAGCAUCGGUUCGGCCCAAGGCAAUGCCAACUUGAUUCUGUGUCGGAUGAGCUCAGCCUGUCGUUCAGUGUCAUGGUGUAUACGUGUUGUGCGAAUGAAGCUACUUAACACCCCGAGACAGGCGUGCAAGCUGUGUAUUAGGUGCUUGAGCCAAGCAUGGGAGUCAGAAUGGACGCGUGUGUAUCUUGUGAUCGCAGCUUUCUGCACACUGAUGGUGUUGUUGGUAGGAUGGCUCAUCUACCGGGAUCCCUGCUUCCAGUGGGAGAUACGCACACAGAUGUGUGAAGAUUACCACAAUGGUUUGAUAGCAGGAGCGUUGUGUUUUGACAUUUGUGUAGAACAAGUUGGCUACCUCUCACACUGUGUGGAACAACAUGAUGAUCUUUCAAUAUUCCGAUGGGACGACUUGCUACUAAAGGCUCGGAGAGGUGACCACAAGGUGGUCAAUGACCUUGACCAGUACAUCUGGGAGGGAAUGACCAUGGCUGACCUUGAGGCAGUACUUGAUUCAUUCUUUGGUAACAUACUAGGCAGGGGAGAUCACUCCAGGCUUAUCGAGGAUGUAGUGGAUUACGCUGACUUUAAUAAGGAUAAACAAGUCAAUUUUGGAGAAAUACGAUCAAUGUGGCACCUAUUACAGAUCCAAGAAUUCCAGACACUCUUCAUAUUUCGUGAUAAUCCAGUCUUUCCUUCAAUAAAUGGGACCUGCGGUUCCCUGUAUUUCGUGGAGGAUACAUUCCACCAUUACUUGUAUCGAAGAAAUAAGUCAUCAUAUGUGGAUAAAAUCUUUCCUAACAGGUACCGUUGGGGUGCUCCAGCUUUUCUUCAACGAGCGUAUAUUGGACUUGGUAUUCUGGAGUAUACAUUUUCCAUACGGGAACAAGAUAAUGCCCGUUUCUACAUGUGUGACUUUAGUCCGAGUAACUUUGGUUACUCAAGAUUUUACGAAAUGAAAGUCUCAAAUGUUGGGGGGUUGAUUUCUGAAGCGAUGUUAAAUAAAACAUUUGAAAGCAAAUAUUGUGAUAGUGAUAUCGAUUGCGUGUACGGCACGGUUUGUCGGACGUCUUGUGAUAAGCUGACGCAAAAGUGUCGAAGCUUGCCUGAGAAUUACAUUCCAGAUAUUGUAAAAGUUUGUAACAUUCUACAAGACUAUUUACUCUUCAAUAUGCCCACCAAGAUUAAGUAUGUUUUAAGUCAUCUUGUAGCGGACUGUAUACGCAUUGGCAAGAAAGCUGUGGCAAUGAAUCCAUAUCGUACUGCGGUUGAGGAAAAUAUGGCUCUAGACCGUCUUAAUCAGGUUUUGUGGGAUGAAUUAAAAUUCUCAGAAAAUAAAUGGAUGGACAAGACAACGAAAAAACCAGCACUGAUUGUGUGAGACAAGUCCUUAGAUUAGGUGAAACUAGCAACGAUUGUGUCAGACAAGUCCCUAGAUUAGGGGAAACCAUGUUUUUUUUAAGAGGAAUAUUUUCCAAAUACCAGUAUUUUACCUCUUCAUUUAUUUUUUUUACAAAGUGGCAUGUAAUUGUCUUCACAUUGAAACGCAGUCACCCUAGCCCGUGUUGGUCAAAUUCUUGGGGCGGUUUCAUUAAGAAUCCUAGAAACAGUCGCGUAGCUACGGUUUAUUGUCAACAGUAGUACCAAACAAUUGUUUUUUUCAGCCCCAUUUCCUGCUAUAAAAAAAUCCCCUACCCAGGUAAAAAAAAAUAUGUAUAUUUUUUAUUUUUCAAAUUUUUAGGAGCCUUGACCUCUAAACAUGUAGCAGAUGUAGCAAUUUAGUGCCAUUCAUGAAGCUGUUCAUAUGUUUGUUGAUUAAAAGGUCUGUCAACAAAUUGAACAUUUUAAGAAUCAUGUUAGUAUUUUCCCCCUUUUUGCCAAAACAACACUAUUUUCCCACUAUCAAAGGGCCACCAUUAAAAGUUGAAAAAAACACUGCGCACUGUUGGACUAUCACAAAGGUAUGCAAUUGCUUAUAGGAAUCUUAAUGACAAGGGCUUGCUGUACAUAAACAUGUAAAAUAAUGCCUUCUUGAGCAGCAUUAUAAGUUUCCAUUUUUGGAGGGAAAAAUUGGUCUGGCCAGAAUGCUUUUGAAUUUGCAGGUGUUUGCAAAUAUACGGUACUUAUUUUUUUUGUGUGCAAUUAUCUUCAAAAUAUUAUCCUAAUGUGUUUUUCACUUUUUGUUAUUUUGCUUAUGGCUUCUUUUAAACAUUUGAUAGCAUAUUUUCAUCAAGUAGUUAACUAUUAGUUGUUAAAUUUAAGAAACGGAUGUAAAGAAAUUCCAAAAUUUACAUUAAUGAAAAUACUUGCCAUGUAUAUAUAUAUACACUAAUAUUUACUACAAAUUUUGAUGCAAUAUUGUUGACUUGCAAUAUUAGAUGAAAUGCAAUUUUACUAUUUUCUAGGAGUCAUUUUAAAUAAUUGUUUUGUGUCAUAUAUUAUUAUAUUAUCAAGGCUUGAUAGAAAUUUUUAAUUAUCUUUUUUCUAGCUUCAACUAUUGAGUUACGCCCCUCUUUGUUUUGUCUGCAAAGCAAAGAUCACUGUGUCCGUCAGUAUCACACUAUCUUAUCCGAUCAAAAACUUUUAAACAACUAGAAGAUUCUUUGAACUUGGUAUGCUCACUGGUCAUUGUCAAAGAUGACCUAUCAAUUAUGGAGUCAAUAGAUUAAAGGUCAAGGUCAUGGUGAAUGACUGUUACAUCAAAUAUUAUGUAAUGUUAUGUAAUCACCUGGGAAAAGAUCUGUCUUACGUAAUUCUACUUUAGUUGAGUGAAACAACCGAUAACUCAUUGGUGUUAACGUUCACUUGUGCUACUCUUUGUUAAAUACAUGGUCACAAUGCUGGUCAGAAUUUCUUCCUUUACAAAGCUUUGAAGGAUGAGAGGAUUUUUUUUUUAGUG